UACCUCCUCCUCCUUCCCCCCCCCCCCCUUCCCUUCCCCCCGCGGCGAGCAAGGCGGCUCCGGCCCGCGCCGCCCGCCCCGCCGCCGCCGGCGAUGUCCAAGAACUCCCGGGCGGUGCUGGCCGUCUCCGCGCUGCUCUCCGUCGCCACCGUGGUGGCCGUACACGUCCAGCAGCGGCGGGAGCGGGAGAGGCUGCACAGCGGAGUUCUCCGAGAUCUUGAGCGUCAACGUCAGAAAAAGGAGAAUAUUCGCCUGCUGGAAGAGCAGAUUGCGUUGACAAAGCAGCUUAUGGAAGAAAGAGAGAAGGCGCGAAUGGAAGAAGGGUCCCAGCAGUCCUAG